CCGAUCGCGUGGUGGCAACGCUGCGCGUGUAUCUUGCCGCCAAAAGUGUGGAAAAACACUUGUGUUGUUGCUCAAAUUGCUUACAAACAAGCUUAAUUGUUUAUUGUCAUUUGGCUGUGUGUACCGAGCGUGUGUUAAAGUGUCAUGAGCAGCGAAAAAGUGAAAAACGACAACGAGCCAGAUGACUCGGCGGACGAUUCGUGCGGCGACGAAUCGGCUAGCUUUACCACAAAUAGCACCACAUCACGAAGCAAAUCGCCGGCCUCCAGCACUCGCAGCAAACGACGCGGCCGGCGCAGCCACAAAUCAAAGACAAAAAGCGGCGCAGCCUACAAAUACGACACACAUGUAAAGGAGAACCACGGCGCCAACAUAUUUGGCGUGUCGUUCAACACGUUGCUGGGCAAGGAUGAACCGCAGGUGUUUGCCACAGCGGGCAGCAAUCGUUGCACCGUUUACGAGUGUCCACGCAAGGGCGGCCUCACGCUGCUGCACUGCUAUGCAGAUCCGGAUCCCGAUGAGGUCUUUUACACCUGCGCCUGGUCAUACGACUUGAAAACGUCUGCGCCGCUGCUUGCCGCCGCUGGCUACCGCGGGGUCAUACGCGUCAUUGACAUUGAGCAGAACGAGGCGGUGGGAAACUAUAUUGGUCAUGGCCAGGCGAUCAACGAACUCAAAUUUCAUCCGCACAAGCUGCAGCUGCUACUCUCCGGUAGCAAGGAUCAUGCCAUACGCUUGUGGAACAUACAGACGCACGUCUGCAUAGCAAUCUUUGGCGGUGUUGAGGGUCACCGGGAUGAGGUGCUUUCCAUUGAUUUCAAUAUGCGCGGCGAUCGCAUUGUCAGCAGCGGCAUGGAUCAUUCACUCAAGCUAUGGUGCCUUAAUACCCAGGAAUUUCAACACAAGAUUGAGCUGUCACAAACGUUUAGCCAAGAGAAAUCGACGCUGCCCUUUCCCACGAUUACUAAGCACUUUCCGGACUUUUCGACGCGUGAUAUACAUCGCAAUUAUGUGGACUGUGUGCAGUGGUUCGGCAAUUUUGUGCUUUCCAAGUCUUGCGAGAAUGCCAUCGUCUGCUGGAAGCCGGGCCAACUGCAUCAGAGCUUUGAGCAGCUAAAGCCCAGUGAUUCCUCCUGCACCAUUAUCGCCGAGUUCGAAUACGAUGAAUGUGAGAUAUGGUUUGUGCGGUUCGGCUUCAAUCCCUGGCAAAAGGUCAUCGCUUUGGGCAAUCAGCAGGGCAAGGUCUAUGUCUGGGAAAUGGAUCCCAGUGAUCCGGAAGGCGCCCACAUGACAACGCUGCAUAAUUUGCGCAGCGUCGCCACCGUGCGUCAGAUUGCCUUUUCGCGGGAUGCCAGCGUGUUGGUCUAUGUGUGCGAUGAUGCGACCGUCUGGCGCUGGAAUCGGCGACAUGCAGCCGCACUUUAGGAACCGCAUUCAUAGCUACAGACACACCACAACCAAAACUCACGUGGCCAAAAUCCAGGCACAACAUGAAUAUUUGUGCCUAGUUCCUAGUAUUUACUUGUUAGUUCUUUCCUCAAAUAAACCAAUUAUCUUAUG